AUGGUCAAUUAUGGAAUUGCGGCCAUGAUACUGGCGGCGGCUAGUAUCAAUGACCCGUCUUACGUCCCCACGGAUUAUCAGACUUUCCUGUUGACGGUCUUCAUCAUGAUUCUUCAUGCGAUCCUUUCCUCUAUGCCGACACGUUGGCUUGCAAAGUUCAACUCCGCUGGUUCAACGUUCAACUUCAUUGCGCUGAUUGUGGUCAUCAUAAUGAUUCCAGCGGGCACAGACCGUACAGAGCGCGGUCUACCCCGUUUUGCCCCUUCGAGCGAGGUCUGGGGCACAAUCUAUGAAGGCACAUCCUUCCCAGCUGGUAUAUCAGUCCUGAUGUCCUUCAUCGGCGUCAUCUGGACCAUGUCAGGCUACGAUUCGCCAUUCCAUCUUGCGGAAGAAUGCUCGAAUGCGAACCUGGCUUCUCCGCGCGCUAUUGUUCUGACAUCCGCUACGGGAGGCUUCUUUGGCUGGUUCCUUCAGCUUGUCGUGGCAUACACUGUCGUUGAUAUCGACCUAGUCCUCGAGUCUGAGCUUGGGCAGCCCUUCGCUGCCUACCUGAUGCAAUGUAUGUCGCAGAAGAUGACGCUGGCCAUCCUUGCUCUCACUAUUAUUGCCGGGUUCAGCAUGGGUCAAGGAUGUAUGAUUGCGGCAAGCAGAGUGACAUUCGCGUACGCGCGUGACGACUGCUUCCCGUUAUCCAAGUACUGGAAGAGGGUCAACAAACACACGCAGACACCUGCGAAUGCCGUUUGGUUCAACUGCGCAAUCGGCAUACUAUGCCUGCUGCUCAUAUUUGGCGGCGAGCUGGCUGUUGGAGCGCUGUUCUCCAUUGGUGCCAUCGCAGCUUUUGUGUAA